UGGAAGUCUGAACUAGCUGCGUCUUUAUUAGCAGCAAUGGUUACGAGCUCAACAGAAGCGGACCACUCCUUCUUGAAGGAUUCUUGAAAUAUUAGAGCAAGACAGAGAUCAUGAAUGGUGGUAAUUCAAGGAAAGAAUCAGAAACAAAUUUUUCAUCAAGCCUUGAGUCUACAAAUCCUCCUCACAGAUCAUCUGCUUCUGAUAGCUUGCGAGAAAACAAAGAUACGAGUUCGCAGAUAGAGAAAACUCAAUGAAACAUGGCAAAAACAACAAACCUUUGCAGAUAGAAGAGGUGAUAAAGAUGCAGCUGGAUAGGAAAACUCGGAACUUGACAUCGUCUUGGAGGAAUGUGAGGGAUGGAAGAAAUGAAAAAGAAGAAGGGAAGGAUUGAUUAAGGGGUUUCUAAUCAAAUGCAGCUUAUAGUCAUAUGAUUUUUGAGUUAUCCUUUUUGUUUUUGUAACAUGUUUUGGCUGAACUUCUCUUUAAGAAACUUUGGUUUGUCUUAAAAUAUCGUAUUAGUGUGACUACUAAAGUUGUUUUUGAGAUGACAAUCAAAGGAGGAAACAACAAUCAGUUGUUUUUGCCAGGGAGCGCCUCGUGUUUCGAAAUGGACGAUUACACGAGAGAGAUGAUGGAUCUCAAGGCAUUGGUCACUCGAACCCUCGAGAAGAAAGGUGUCCUCGCUAAGAUCCGGGCUGAGCUACGUGCGAGUGUGUUUGAAGCAAUUGAAGAAGAGGAUCGAGUGAUUCAAAACAGCCAAGGCUUGCCUCCAGCUUUGUUGGGAAACUGCAAUGAUCGUGCUAGGCGUCUUCACGCUUCUCCUUCAGGCAGGUUGCUAUCUGCGUUGGUAUGCGAAUACUUGGACUGGGCGCAGCUAAACCACACACUCAAAGUUUAUCAGCCAGAAUGUAAUUUGGCAAAAGAUUCAUGGAAGUCUGAGUUACGCGACUUUAGUAGCAACAGUGGAUAUGAGCUCAACAGAAACGGAGGUAGCAAACCACUCCUUCUUGAUGUUCUUGAUGGAUUCUUCAAGUUUGAGGCUAUAGGUGGUGGUGGCGGUUCAAGGAGAGAGUCAGAAACGGAGUCCUCAUCAAGCCUUGACUCCAGAAACCCUCCUCGUAGAUCAUCUGCCUCUGAUAGCUUACCUCCUCAACGAAGGUCAGUAUCUGCAUCCCAAGCAUCGGGCCCUACCUCUGGGUACAUAAAAGAGGAACACAGUUGGAGAUAUGACAGUGAAGAUGGGAGUGAAGAGGUAACGAGAGCUUCAGCAGCGCUGGAAAAUCUGCAGCUAGAUAGGAAAACUAGGAACCUAACAUCAUCUUGGAGGAAUGUGAGGGAUGGAACAAGUGAAGAAGCAGGGAAAGAUUAACAUGGCUCUUUGAUGUGAAUUAGUAACGUUGAUAUGUGUGUGACUCUUUGUAUUUAUUUAUGGCGUCAAAUGUUUGCAACUGUGUUUGUUUAUCUUUUUUGUUUGUAUUUGUCAAAGUAGUUGUUUCAGAAGGGAUUGGAAGCAAGUUUAUAUAGCAAACGAAAUCUUCCCUACAAGA